AUGUCUGUUCAAAUGGAGAACAAUCCCCCUCCGCCUAAGCGUCGUCUAGAUUUCUUUCUGACGGAGAAAACUCCAGCAAGACGAUUCGAACCCAGAGCGUCGAUAGAUAAACGUCAGCAGGAGAAAGCUAUAAUAGAGAACAUUUCACGGCGUAUGUUCCCUGUUGGUGUUCGCGCUCCACUUUUAACAGAUAUACCCGAUAAUCGUGGAGACACUAACUUCCGGUUCGAUGUUAUAAGCCCCAAACGAAUACCCCGCCCGAUGAAAGAACAAUUAUCUUCUUCGUUCAGUCCACGCAAGCAGACACCGAACAACAGGUCACAGAAUUCUUCUAAAACGCCAUCUGUAAUUUCCCCAAGAGCGUUCAAAUUUCUGCUUUCGGACGGAUCUUAUAAGGAUACUAAGACGACCGACGAUACAAUUAAGCAACCAGAUGCUUGGGAGCAGUGGAAGGAAAAUAUUGCGCGUGCCAAAGAUGCACGUGACCGGAUGUACCGGAAUACAUAUUGUUUAUCUAAGGACAAGUUGCGAUACCAUGUGUGCACGCUUCCUCGAAUCGUUAACGACAGACCAUGGACGGUCGGUGAUAUUCCCGUUGACAAUAGUAGAAAAAACAUGGUGUUAGAGCGACAGGUUAAAGAUGCGGUCCUAUCAAACAGGAUGAUAGUACCACAACCGGAAAAGAAACGAGUAGAAUCAAUUCAGGUAAAGGGACUUCAAAAACAAAACACAAUGGACUCUGUCACGAGCGAAAAUUGUUUUGAAGUUCGAAGAAUUGAAGCAAGCACUGAAUUCUUGAAGGAAAAUGCGGGACAGUUAACAACCGUAGUUAGACAACCAAGUGACAUGGGGCGAAUUUAUGAACACGCUUCAUCCAAAACGAGGAAAAUCGAUCGUCCAUUAAAACAUGAAUAUAUGAAAUACCGACCAGCGCAGUGGGGAAUUAAAGUUCCAUUACGCCUGAGGAAAAACUCCAACCAAGGAAUUACAGACAGAGACUAUAAAUCUGUGGAGGCAUACAAGGAGUAUGUGGAGUUGAUGCAACAGCGGGGAGUGGAAGGGAAGAGCAAUGACCAUAGGUCAGCAGAUAGGGAAAGUAGUUUGGUGUCACAUUAUGGGUACGAAAAUAGGGUUCUUCAAUCUGUGAUUGACGUCAACCAGCCCAAUCCUGCUACCGGUGCGGACGGUAGGUCUGGUAACCAUGCCAACUCCAUUGUGAUUGAAAUAAAGCCCACAUGGGAUGAACACGAGAGUAGGAAAAGUGAAAAACAGGCGCCUUCUGACGAAGGCAGAACGUGCCCAGUAAACUCUCCAUUACUGGGAACCCACCAAGAAAAGGUUGAACUUCUAGAGGAGGUUGACCAUCAACCAGAGUGA